UUUGUAGGCGACCUCACCCUCUUCAUUUCUUACACAAACGUCACACUGUGUUUCUGGUCUCCAUGCUCACAGCACGUAAUGGUCAAUGGAGCCGCUGGGACUGUCGUACAAAGGAAGCCUCUUCGUGAAUUGUUUCGAUACUCUCUCUUUCCAUAUAGGAUCAGUCCGUCUCCCCACAAUCCCCCAUAACCAUUCCCGUUCCAAUUCCACCCACCAGAAAGUCCACAAUUGUUCACGACACCUAUCACAAUAUCAUGGCAGACCAGAAGGCAUCGGAAGUUGACACUGCCGUGCCCUCGCAAGGGAAUGGCACCGUAGGCUCCAUCACUGACAAGUGCGAGUGCUUGUCCCAUCGAACAGGCACCAUGAUGCCACCUGUGAUCUUUUACGAUGACAUGCAAGUGUUUCGAUUCCAGGACACUGAGAAUACUACGUUUGCUCUCGUAGGGCCAAACAAGCCCGGCUGGUGCGCACUUCGAGAUGGCCUGCAGGCCAUCCGCAUGCAGUCUGAAGGCGACGAAGCGGCAUCAACUCGAGAAUGGAUAAAGUCACAAGACCCUGAUUAUUGCGAUAGGCUGAUAUCGCUCAAGGUCGUGUCUACUGGCACUUACAAGUCAUUCAAGGAUGGCGAAGAACCCCUUGAAUCGGACACAUUCACGUUAGACAGUAGCAACAAUGUGAGGGCUGAAAGCGAGAGGUACACAGCUUGGUUUGAUUCGGUGGACAAAGCGCUUUCCUUCGUGCCCACCAGUCAAGCCGAUCUGGGGUCCAAUCCACCCGGAGCUGCACAAUAAUCAUACGGUAAGCUCUUUGGACUCCACCACCUGGCCUGCCGAGACGGAGCACUAUUCUCUAUAUGCAUGAUUUGCCGG